AUGGGAGAAGAUGGCAAAUUAGAAGAAAAGCAUCUGAUUGGUGAUUCACUCCUGCUCUGGCCGCAAGUUCUUCAAUUCGAUGUUCGUGGUGCCCUCGUUCGUCGAUCCACACAGGUGCGACUGCAGUCAGCUGAACAUCCGGAGGACUCGAUGCCCAUCACUGUCAAUCGUUCCCUGUUAGUCUUCUGUCGUCGUGUAGUAGCAACCCCGCAGUUCUACAGCUUCAUCGUAUUCCUCGUGAUCCUCUUCGUCUUAUGCGUGAUUGGUGAUGUUGAGCCCAAUUCUGCUUUUCCUGUCGCCCGCAGACCUGUGCGGCCGCACGCCUGGUUCGUUGGAAGAGGUGCCACAGCCUAUAUCACAAAGCAAACUUUGCGUCCUCCGUUGUGA